AUGUCUCGGCUAACUGGAUCGGUGGGGCUGCUGCUGCUGCUGUUGUUGGUGACUUUGAGCGUCUCGUCUGCAGAAGACGAAGGUUAGUGGACGAGUUUGUGUUUGAUGAUUUGGUUUCCUGACAUAUUUUGUCUUUUUAAAAUUGGGUCACCAGGUUGACUCAGAGAAACUCUUUGUAAACCUGUAAAUAAGUUAAAAUUUUACACACUCGGCCUGCAUGGGGUUACAUGACAGCAUGAAUUCACACAGUCCAGGACCAGAGCGUCUAACGGGUCGGUAUCAUAGAAGAUUAUCAAAACAAACAUCUUUAGGACAAAAUGAGGAAGAUUCAAAGUGAAAAUGAAAUUAGACUCCACCUGUUAGUCCUUUUUAAAGACAUCUAGAACUUCCCCAAGAAACUAUUAAGACACUCUGAUUUCAACAACAGAAACCAGGAACCUUCAUUUGAACUCAUCAGGACAUGAGGACGUACAGAAGCGCAGAAAAGUCCCCUCUAGAUGUCCUCUCAGUUUAUGAAAUUAAAUCCCUUCUGUAUCUCCACUGUUUAAGUGUGUAGUGGAUAAAAAGUGUCUCCUGGUUUUCCUUUGUCUUAAUAAAAUGUUUAAAAAAAAGACCCUCGUUUUUAUCGGACGGAUGCCCUUCAAAUUAAAAAUAACAGCAGUGUUUGUUAUCUACAUGCUUUCCAAGGAUUUUACUGAUCAAAGUUCCCUCUGGAUUCUGUUCUAGUACAGAAAAUGUACAAAACUUGACCUCAAAGUGGCUCUACGGUCUGUUAAAUGCAAAAUAUUAACCUCUACAUGCUCACCAGCGUGGUGACUGCAAGGAAAUGACGUUUAUGUGCAAAAAAUGUGACAAAUUUAGAUUUCUCACCAGAUUGAAGGGAACGAAGUGAACGCUAAAAUGAGCAGCUUCUGUCUACUCCGGCUCGCCUAACUCUGCCGUGUCUCCAGCCCAGUAAAUCCAGAGUCCAACAUGGAGCGGCUGAGUGAAGGUGGUCUGGACUUGGUGCAGCAGAGUCAUGGUUUCAGAGACGGUGUAGAAAGACAAAGUUCCUGCUCUGUGGUCCAGAUAAACUCCCACCCUUGAGGACUAGGGUUGGGAAUCGAGAAUCGAUGGGAAUCGGGACUAAAACUUCGAUUCUUCCGGUAUCGUUCAAAUAUUAAAAUUUCGAUUCCAAGUUUCGAUGCCAGAGUCCGCCGACCGGAAGAAAUAGCCGCCGAAAAUCAACGAAGAAGAAGCCGCUUAACACCAAUGAGGACGGAGCGUAUGAGACGAAGCCACACAGAGAGUGAAGAGAGACAGAGAGAGAAAGUACAUUGCAACCCACAGCAAUGCAGCCGCUGUGGGUUACAAUGUAAUCUCUCUCUGUCUCUCUCCUCUCUCUGUGUGACUUCGUCUCAGACGCUCCGUCCUCGUUGGUGUUCGGCAGCUUCUUCUUCGUUGGUCAAAAGUUUGGCUAACUUUAGCAGGAAGAAUGAACUCUUAUCUCAAUGCAACAUUAACAAUACAGUUAUAUCAUGCAAAGGAGGGUAAACGACAAACAUGAUUAAACACCUCAGGAUUCAUGGAGGAGAAAUACCCGAGUGCUCGUCUUUGACGCGCUUCGCCGGUGUUGUGUCGUAGAAUGCACCCCUGCUGUUGAAUGCAGCCCUGACGGGAGCGCUGUUGAAAGUACACAACAAGGCGAAACAAUCCAAGUUUUUCUUACCGUUGGACGGAAUCUAAAGCGUGUGCCUUUAAUGAUUUCAUUCAGGCUAUUCAGAUAUGCCGAAAACAAUAGCCCUCUGAUUCGGAAUAUUUACUGUCCUGAAAUUAUUUUGUUCUCUACAUUAACAGCUUACUCUACAGUUUAUAUACCCAAGUACACCUUUAUGUGUGCAUUUUUGAGACACAUACAAACAAAACGAAAGUUUACUGCUCCAUUUGACACGUUUUCAUGAUCUAAUACCCGUGUUUUAUUAAAUAUGAGAUCAUAUUUCUUCCACUAAGAAGCUAAUCAGUGGAGGGGAGGCAUUCUACGGCAGGGGUGCAUUCUACAGCACAACACCUGUCUUCCGCUAACCAGUCAGGAUCAGAUAAGUGGAACAAUAAAUGACUUCUGUCCUCUGCUAACUUUGAAACGGUAAAGAAAUUGAACUGUGUACGGUGAGUAGACUUAAAUAUCCACCUAACGUUAGCCCUUGUACUUUUUCAUAGACAAACGACCUGAAAACAAAAAAUGAUAUUUAUAUACUGGUUGAAAAUAGCUCUGUGAGAAAUCCAUAGUUAAGUUCUUAAAAAGUUAAUAGGAUUUAAAAAUUCAUGGAGGAGUUCAGAAAUUUCAUCCAAAAAGAAGAGCCCCGGUUAGCACCCUCAUUCAAACCAUGCUUUUUUUUUUUCUUUUUUCUUUUUGAUAUCCUGCCUUUUAAAAGAAUCGAAUUAGAGAAUCGAUAGGAAUCGGAAUCGAAAUGAGGAAUCGAAAUUGGAAUCGGAAUCGUUCAAAAUCAAACGAUACCCAACCCUAUUGAGGACUGAGGGCCCGAGAGGAAAGUUUUCACGUUGUCGUGUCUGAAAUAAUAAGAGCAGUCGAAACAACCCAGGGCCCAGGACUUGUCGUUGUUUCCAAACCCACUUUCAGUCCUCGAUCUGCUGAUAUCUUUGUACACCACGGCCACUGCCGCUCCGCCGCUCCUCUCCACCUCCCAGUAACAACGUCCAGUGAAACCCUCUCUGCUGAGGACCUGAAGACAGUCCGUGAACCUCUCCGGAUGAGCGGGAUAUGUCUGCUUUUCUCUCAUCACUGUUGCUUUUCGGUUCCUGUCAGAUAACAUCAGCCAAGAGUUCACCGUGUUUGGAUCCAGAGCUGCAGAAACUCCGCCCUUGUCUUUGGCUCCGGUCGUGGUAGAAAAACAUCCACUUCAACGACUUUUCGGAGGAUUUUUGGCCACUCUUUACGGAGCAGGUCCUCCAGUUUGUCUUUGACCUUUGACACAGCUGCCGCCACGUCUUCGAAGUACUGCAGAUUGUCGUUGUUUACGCCGGGUAAGCCUGUGGAUUCUGUGACGGGUGGUAGUAAAGAGUAACUCAGUAAGAAGUGGACAUGGUCGUCGCCGUGUAACAGCUUCUCCAGCUGAGUGUCCAUCGUUUUCAGCUCAGCCAUCUCCACUUUCAGCCUCUCCUCGAGCUCUUUGACACGGCUGAUCUCGGUCUUCUGCUGGGAUCUGAUCUGCUCCUGCACUUCAGAGAGUCUCUCCUCAACAAGGUUUACAAACCCUGAGAGGAGCCCCUCACUGUCGCUCACUGCUUUAUCUGCAGAGCGGUUUAUGGCCUUCAUUUCCAGCUGAAGCACCUCCAUGUCUUUCUCUCUGGCCUGGAGUCUAACUUGGACCUUCUGCCGCCUCGUCUCCACCUCCUUCAUCUUCUCUCUCCUUUCAGCUGCAGCCGAGACCGUGUCGUGGUCUUUGUGUUCAUCCAAGGAGCAGAAAAAACAGAUCGUUUCCUGAUCGGUUCGGCAGUAAAUCUUCAUCUCCUCGUCGUGGCGAGAGCAGAAUUUCUCCUGCAGGUUUUCAGAGGGCUUCACCAGCUUGUGUUUCCCAAAGGCGGAGGAUUCAUAAUGAGGUCGAAGGUGAAGCUCACAGUAAGAAACUCGACACACCAGGCAGGACUUCACGGCUCUCAGCUUCCUGUCUGCGCAGACAUCACAGGCGACGUCUGCAGGUGUGGCAAAUUCCAGCGGAGCUUCCAGGAGUUUCGUCUUCUUCAGCUCCUCCACCAAAUCAGCAAACAUGACAUUCCUCACCACAGCAGGCCUCGGUGUGAACGUCUGCCUGCAGAGAGGGCAGCUGCAGACGUCCUCGGAGUCUUCCUCUUUCCAGCGGCUUUCAAUACAGCUCAUGCAGAAGCUGUGUCCACAGGGGAGCGUCACCGGAUCCCUCAGGAGAUCCAGACAGACGGGACAGCAGAGUUUCUGCUUGUUCAGCCGCAGAGCCAUUUCCCUCAGAAAAAUCAAUGUGAAAGUAAAAAUGUGACUGGGCAAGGGGGAGUGGUAUCGGGUUGUGAAACAGGUUUAAAGGACACUCACUAGCUGCGUCCGAAUUGCCAAGUAGUAGUCGAAGUAGUAUCUAGCAUGUCCGAAUUGGCCACCGGAGCGAGUAGCAUGCUACUUCAGAUACUACUUCAGAUGCUAGACACGCCCACAUUGUAGGUUGGUCUCGGUGCAUCCUACGGGCAUGCUACUGACCCAAAAUGCACCGCGGGCUUCUUCUUCGUCCUCUUAAAAGUUGUAGAAGCGCAUGUGAUGCUAGCGCCACCAGCUGCUCUGCCUAUUUAAAAGUGUCGCGAACGCCGGCUGGCCACAGCAGCGCGCACCAUGUCGGAGCAGCAGCAGCAGCAGGCGGGACCGCAGCAGUACAGAUGUAAGUUUCAUGUAACUUCACACACUGUCCUAAAAAAUGUGCGGUUGUAUCUCUUUGUCGUGUCAUGGUGUCAUAUUUGCCCAAGUAAUCAUUUUAUGAGCAAAUAUGUGGCGACAUCAUGGAGGUAAAGCUCACUUAUUCCAUCAUUAAACUGCACAGCUGCAGUACUACAGCCAGGCCAGCAGAUGAGGGGCUUCAGUUACCACUGUCUGCACGGGCGCAGUACCUACUCUCUGCCUGCGGGGGUCGUCUUUCCCCACCGCUCGUCUAGUGUGUCCGAAUUGGGCCAACGUGUUUAGUAUGUAGGAGUAGGAUCUAGCAGUAGCACGUAGCAGUAGCAUGUAGUAUCCGAGCGGGCAGUUCGGACGCAGCAACUGACUCAGCGUUUACCCCGGAGCCUGACACAAACAGGAGGAUUUUGUCCUUUGACCUCUUCCUGUUUCCUGUUUCAUGCCUGACAGCUGCACAUGUAUGAAGACAGAUAAGAAAGACGGGAAUAAAAAUCACAUUUCGCUGCUUUAGUUUGGGGUCUGGUUGAACCUGACGGCUCUGUCAAGACUUUAGAAAGUGUUUGGAAAGUUUUUAAGAAAAAAAAAGUCCACCCCGGAAAAACACCAGGUUAGCGUUUGUGCUCGUUUUCUUCACAUGCAUGAAUGAAACAGGAAAUAAUCUCCAGAUAUCAAUCAAUCAAUCAAUCAAAUUUUAUUUAUAUAGCGCCAAUUCACAACAGUCGUCAUCUCAAGACGCUUUUCAAGGAACAAGAGCAGGUCUGGACCACGCUCAUUGUUUGAUGAUCAAGAACCAACCUAAGAUGGUUUUGGCCCAUCUCAACUAACAUGAGUUACAGUGGCGAGGAAAAACUUCCUUUUAACAGGCAGAAACCUUGGGCAGGACCAGACUCAUGCUAGACAGCCACCAUGCCGCUGCUGGGUUGGGGAGGAAUGUAGAGAGAAGAGGGGAGAGGGGGAGAGGACAGGGGGAGGGAGAGAGACAACAAGAUAGGGGAAAGGCGAGAGAGAAUGAGUAUGGAGAGGGAGGGGGAGGGAGAGAGAGUAGGGAACGAGGGUGAGAGAGAGACAGGAGGCAGCAGGAACAACAGCAACAACAACAACAGCUCAUGUAAUGGUGAAACAAAAAGAAGUUCAGUUUACAGGUUUAGGAUAUGAGUGAUAAUGGACAAUGUUGAAUUAAUUGAGUGUGAUUACAGUUAGCAGGCUUAAUCGUAGUCAGUUCUAUUUUGUAUGUCAAUAAUGACAGUGAGGCUGAUGUUCAUGUCUGCAGUAACAGUAACAGCAACAGUCCAGAGGAAUCAGAGAGAAGAGAGAUAUAUCACAUACAGAUAUGUGACUGUAAGAGGAGCUAGAAGGUGGAUUUGUUCCUGUUGGAGGUUGUUUUUUACUCUUUAAUCCCUGAAACACUGGUGUGUGCGUGCGCUCUUUACUCCUUUUCUUUACCAGAACUCUUUCGAUUUUACAUUUCCUCCUUUCUUCCAGUCACCUUACGCUCCAAAGCUCAGACGAUUGCUGCUGCCAGAGGCUCCUCCGUCAGUCUCUCCUGUUUGGCCGUUUACAACUACCAACUCUGCCGCCUGCUGCACGUCACUUGGCGAGCCGAAGGGGGCGCUGAAGUGGGCGCGGCAGCAGGUGUUGAGCUGACCGACCCCAAGAAGUACCUGACCACGGUGAGCGAGACGCUCUCUGACGGCGAUGUGAGGCACAGACAGGUGGAGACGGAGAUCCUCGACCUGACCGAAGAGGACAGCGGACGGUAUCAGUGCGUGGCGAGAUGUGGGGGUGCAGAAAGUGCCGUGGGUCGUUUCAGUGAGAUCAUCGUGAAAGGUGAGAGCUGUGAUCGGGUCCAAAUGAAGGUUUAGACUUCAGAUUUAGACUCACUGUUUCCUGAUGCUCUGUUUGUUUUUCUGUUUGCUUCUUCACAGAUUGA